AUGAACAAAAUUUUGCGCGGAGUUAUCAAGUUUCGCAAUACUAUACGUGUUGAUUUGAUCGAACAGUUCAAUAAAAUAAGCGACCAUCCCGAUCCAACAGCUGUGAUGUUUACUUGCAUGGAUUCUCGAAUGCUACCAACAAGAUUCACUCAAUCCCAAGUCGGAGACAUGUUUGUUGUUCGAAAUGCAGGCAAUAUGGUUCCAGAUGCCCCCAACUAUGGUCGAUUUUCGGAAGUUUCUGUGAACACUGAGCCCGCUGCUUUGGAGUUGGCGGUUAAACGAGGUGGCAUUCGACAUGUUGUUGUUUGUGGACAUUCGGAUUGCAAGGCAAUCAAUACACUUUACGGAUUACAUCAAUGCCCAAAAAAUUUUGAUGUCGAAUCACCAAUGGAUCAUUGGGUCAGAAGAAAUGGGUUCAAAUCAGUUCAAAGGUUGAACGAAAGACUGCAUAAAGGUCCAUCGUUGAUGAAAUUUGAAAGUGAAGUAUCACCAUCACAAUCGUUUGAAGCAAUUAUUGAUCCAUUUGAAAAGCUGACGGUUGAAGAUAAGCUUUCUCAGAUUAACGUUCUUCAACAAAUGAUUAACAUUUCCUCUCAUGAGUUCCUCAAGGAAUACCUUGAAAAUGGCAAACUUCAUGUUCACGGAAUGUGGUUUGAUGUGUACAAAGGCGAAGAUUAUUUAUUCUCAAAAGAUAAAAAGAGAUUCAUCGUCGUUAAUGAAGAAACGGUUUCAAAGUUGCUUGACGAAUUGAAUGCAAGAUGUCCAGUUCCAACAGGCGAAAAUGAAAAAGUUGCGAUUACGCAUUCCAAUUGA